UUGAGGUUAUGUGCACUUACUUCUCCGGCAACAGCAGCAAGUUACUGUGGGAUAAAAGCACCGUAGUAUUUACGCAACGCAACUGGAAAACCGAAUCCAUGGCCACCGCCGGAGCUGUAGCAAAAGUGGGAAAAUCAGUGCACCGCAUUUUCGUGGGCAAUCUACCGUGGACGGUGGGCCACCAGGAAUUGCGUAGCUAUUUCCGCGAGUUCGGACGCGUAGUGUCCGCCAACGUGAUCUUCGACAAGCGAACGGGGUGUUCCAAGGGCUACGGCUUCGUUAGCUUUAACAGCUUGUCCGCUCUGGAAAAGAUCGAAAGCGAACAGAAGCACAUAUUGGAGGGCAACUACCUUAACAUACAAAAAUCUUAG